AUGCCUUCUGAGCUGGGUGCAGGUGUUACUGCAGAUCUACAAGAGGUCCAUACAAGUCUUGGCAGACUUAGAGGCCAGUAUGUGAGCAUAAAAGGAAAAGAGACUGGUGUCCACUCCUUCCUGGGCGUCCCCUUUGCCAAGCCCCCCCUCGGCCCCUAUGCACCUCAGCCUCCUGAGGGAUGGCAAGGACUGAGAGAUGCCACCAAGCAACCCAACAUGUGCAUUCAAAGUAAGGAUGUUGCUAAUGAAGUGCUUGAAAAACUUGGUUCCCUGAUCUCAGACGUUCCAGAGCUUUCAGAAGACUGUCUGUACCUAAACAUUUACAGGCCUGCAAACAGAGCUCCUGAUGCCAAGCUCCCUGUCAUGGUGUGGAUUCACGGUGGAGGCUUUAUUGUUGGGUCUGCUUCAACGUAUGAUGGCUCUGCCCUGGCUGCCUAUCAGGAGGUGGUUGUGGUUCUUAUCCAGUAUCAACUGGGAGUUCUGGGCUUCCUUAGCACUGGAGAUGAGCAUCUGUCAGGGAAUUUUGGCCUUUUGGACCAGAUCCAAGCCCUGAGGUGGGUCAAGGAGCACAUUCACAACUUUGAAGGAAACCCAGAUUUGGUCACCAUAUUUGGGGAGUCUGCUGGUAGUAUUACUGUUUCACUCCUGCUUCUGUCUCCAUUGUCUGAUGGCCUGUUCCACCGAGCCAUUGCUGAGAGUGCGACUGCUGCAGUGGAUGUGCUAAUGAAUGAUCCUCUCCUAGUAAUGCAGCCGGUUGGAAACGCAUCAGGCUGUAGCCACAAAAGCACAGAGAAGAUUGCUAAAUGCAUGAGGAACCUUGACUCUGACACCGUACUGGCAUUAGGGAAUGCCCAAGAUGCAGCCAUGAGAGAUCUGAUUGUGAUGAAAUACGUUGAAUCUGGUGAACACCGCAUGAGAAACAGAGAUGGAUUUUCUGAGUUUAUAGAAGAUUUUGUUUUCACCAUCCCAGCCAUUAAAGUAGCAAAUGCUCACAGAAAUGCAGGGGCAGCUAUGUUCUUAUAUGAGUAUCAUCACGCUCCUAUGUUUCUACAGAAAAAUAGGCCUAGCUUUGUUAAGUGCGACCAUGUGGAUGAGAUCUUCAUGGUGUUGGGAUACUGCUUCACAACUACUCAUGUAAAAUUAGCUGAUGCAUGUCCUGAAGAGGAAGAAGAGUUGAGCAGAAUCAUGAUGAGCUACUGGGGCAACUUUGCUCGCACAGGGUCUCCUAAUGGACAUGGUCUUGUUGACUGGCCCAAGUAUGGAGCAGAGGAGAAGUAUCUGUCUCUUGACUUGAAGGAGCAGGUGUCUGGUCAGUCCCUCAAGAAGGAACGGUUCAUCUUUGUGACUGAGACUCUGCCAGAGAAGAUGAAGAAGCCUGAGGAGAACGUGGAGCACAACGAGCUAUCCACGGGCUCCUCUUUUACCCCUGUGCUGAGGUGCGUAUGA